CACUGCGCAUGCGUAUGUUUUCGUUGGACGUAAUGGAGCCGUGCACGGCGUUGCAGGUGUUUCAUUGAGUUCACACUACGCUUGUUUUAGGCGCGUUGCUGUCACUGUAAUAUACCACCAUGUGGAACAGAGCUCGCAGCUGGGUUAAGAUUAGCUGUAAGCGGCGGAGUAUCUCAUGCAUCGAUAUGGAAGCAAGUAGAUAUCAUUGUUUCCGAUAAGGUUGCUGGGGCGCUGCACCGACCGUCCGAUCGUUUUGCACAAUUUUCUGUCGGCGAAAGAAAUAAACCACCAUGACGAUGGGGGCAACUAGGACGAUGCAUUGCACGUUAGAAGGGCCCGCAAACGCCUUGGCAAUAAACCGAGACGCCACGCAGGUUGCCGUCGCAGGACGGAAUGUGUUCAAGGUGUUCAGCUUGGAGAACGAGGAAUUUCAAGAGAGGCUAAAUCUGCGCGUGGGCAAGAAUCUCAACCUAAACUUCAGUUGCAGCGAUGUCGUGUGGAACAUGGUGGACGACCAUAUCCUCGCCACUGCUGCCACGAAUGGAGCCGUCGUCACUUGGAACUUAAACAAGAGUUCUCGAUCUAAACAAGACAUGGUAUUCCAAGACCACAAGAGGACUGUCAACAAAGUCUGCUUCAAUCCCUCCGAGUCGCAUAUUCUGUUGUCCGGAUCCCAGGACGGAACAAUGAAGUGCUUCGAUAUACGUAAACGGGAGGCAGCGAGCACUUUCCACAGUUCAUCGGAGAGCGUUAGGGACGUGCAGUUCUGCCCGCACCACCACUUCACCUUUGCGGCGGUCCAGGAAAAUGGCAACGUCCAGCUCUGGGACCUGAGGCGCUCGGACAAAUGCGAACGUCAGUUCACAGCACAUAGCGGGCCUGUGUUCACGUGCGAUUGGCACCCGGAGGAGAAACGUUUUCUCGCCACUGGCGGUAGGGACAAGGCGAUCAAGAUCUGGGACGUGAGCUACAAGCCCGUGCUGCACCAGUGCAUUCAGACAAUCGCCUCAGUGGCGCACAUCAAGUGGCGCCCCCAGAAGAAGUACCAUAUUGCCAACAGCUCCCUGGUUGUGGACUGCACCAUCAACAUCUGGGACACACGGCGCCCUUACGUGCCUUUUGCCGCCUUCACCGAACACAAGGAUGUGGCCACAGGUUUUGCGUGGCGAAACAGUCCUGGCGUGUUGUUGUCAACGAGCAAGGACAGCACGUUGUUCCAGCAUGUCAUGGGCGACGCCAUCAAGCCAGCGACACAUGCCGACUCGCUCUCGGUGGCCCACGUGCUGAACCCAUCGGGCGACCUAGCCUUUGCAUCCAGCGACCGUUUCUUUCCCGAGCAGAGCAGCAGGUCUCGUCCCGGGCCCGUGCAUCCGGCAUCGGCCAGGUUUCCGGCAGUCUUCAAGAAGAGCACAAACCUCGGCGACAAGUUCAGCCACGCGCAGAGCACAUUAUGUGUCUUUACCAACAAGGAAGUUGAGACCCUGUCGUUGACCUGGCUGCGUGAGAGUGCUCUGCGGUACCAGCUGUCGGGGCGUCCCUUUGGGGAGCUGUGCGACCGCAAUGCCAACGUGGCUGCUGACCUGGGACGCCACCAGGUAGCACAGACUUGGCGUGUGCUUAAGGCCCUCUACACGCAGCAAGCCAACUGUCCAGCCGACUUCCUCAAUCUCGGUGGCCUUCUCGACUCUUCGGCCAGGGGCGAUGCCGAGCGCAGUUCACAGGAAGGCAGCAACUUCCACACGAGCCGGCACAACAGUGGCAACACGCGCAACCGCAACCACAGUGGGGGCAAGAAGCCUGCCGUGGUCAGCCGGCACCUGAGUGGGCAGGGUGGCCUGGACAGGGGCUCGCAGGCAGGGCCCGAUGCACAGCAGACAACGGGCGAGGACUCUGCCUCAAGCGGCAUCGAGGACGACCAGACGCUGGCUUACAUUGCCAGCGGCAUGGCCAACACGCCGGGCGACUUCCUGUUUGGAGAUGACAGUGUGGCUACAGUGCAGGCAUUUGCCUACAACCUCCAGGUUCCUAGUUCUGGGGGCACCGAUAGCAUGCAACAGCAGCAGCAGGAGUGGUCGUUGCCCACCGAGGCAUUUGAGCCACGUCAUCCUAUUCGGGACUCGCCACCCGUGCCAGACCUGGGCCAUCCGCAGAGUUCGCCCACAAGCGGGGACGAGGAAGACGGGCCCGAGACGCUCAUGUUUGGCAGCGGCAUCGGAGGGGACACUGAAGAUCAGGGCAAAGUGCUGACCGUGUUCCGGCCCCUGAGCGUGCCUGCCUGGAAUUGCAGAGAAGUCGUUCUCAGCAUGCUCGGACACUACGUAGACCAG